UUCUCGUAUUACCCAUACUACGGAGGGAGCAGGCGGGCCUACCACAAAUGCAAGGCAUCUAAAUUUAGUGUGCUGCUGAGUGGUGAGGGGAGGAAACUGGUCGCAGGAAUGUCAUGGCGAGCAAACCGAGAUAAUAGCUGGACCAUCGUAUCAUGAAAACAGGCAAGAGAACUGCUUACGCAACGGAGGUGUGUCUAAAUAGUAAUUACUUUCAUUGAAAAGAUUUUUUUCAUUGAGACCUACCCAACUCAAGCCAAACGUCUGCUCAGUUCGGUUGAAGAACGCGCGUGAACGUGUCGUCUGCUACUCCACUGUCGUCUGCUUUCUGUACUGUCGUCUGUUAGCCAUUACUGUAAAUACCCGAGAUUGGACUGAAACAACAGGAAAAUGAAUAUAUACAACUGUGUAUUUUCCUGUGUGUGUUUUCUGGUGACAAUAUGUGUUGCCUUGGGUCGACGACGGGGGCCACGCUUUAGGAGCGGCGACGUUCGUCUUGUCGGGGGCAACGAAAGUAAUGAAGGGACAGUACUCGUUUAUCACAGACAUUCUUGGGGCGCCAUCUGUGACAAAGAAUGGGACUUCAAGGAUGCUGAUGUCGUCUGCAAAGAGCUCGGGUUCUUGGAGGCACACAAGGCUACAUAUGGCAGUCAGUUCGGAAAAGGCUCAAACAGAAAAUGGAUGUCAAAUGUGAGAUGCAGCGGAUACGAAGACAAACUGAAAUACUGCAUGUUCCUGGGGUGGGGGCGCAUGCGCCGUGGCUGCUAUGGGAGCAGACAUUCAGCUGGCGUCGUAUGUCGUCCACAUCCAACGACCCCAGUGUCCACGACAACAACUACUCGAGCCACGACAACAACAUUGAAGAAGAUUAUCACGCCGAAAAAAAAUCAGGCUCAUAAAAAACACAUACAGUAUUUAAUUGACAGAGACAAUCGCCUACUACAAAAGUCACAACUUCAGGGAGAUGCGCCGGCCGUAUCGACCAACUCCUCCGAACCGGGACUGCUCAUGCGCAUGGUCGGUGGCAGAUACGACUGGGAAGGUCGCAUAGAGGUCAAGGAGGAGCACAGCGAAUGGGGUGCCAUCUGUGGGGAGAAGUGGUCAAUCAAAGAGGCCAUGGUAGCGUGCAGGGAGAUCGGUCAGACGUACGGCAAGCAAGCUCUGCAGGUGAACUAUUUCGGCGGGGAGAACCUGGAUAAACACUACUAUCAGAUCAAGUGUAAGGGACGGGAGAUGCGGCUGGACCAGUGUGAGAAGAUUCGGACAGACGUCGGGGUCACAUGUUCCAAACCCAAUCUUGUUGCUGGCAUCGUGUGCACUCACCGUCUCCCCGACCUCAUCCCUGACCUUGAGAUCCUGGAGGAAUCUGUGAGACUGGCAGACCGGCCCCUAUACUACCUGCAGUGUGCCAUGGAGGAGAACUGUCUGGCGGCCUCCGCCGCAGUGAUCCGAAACACAAGCAAAAACUGGCACGCUCACAACAGACGUCUGCUGCGGUUCUCAACAGUCGUCCACAACGAGGGUCUCGAGGACUUCCGCCCAUACAGAGCCAAGUCGGCGUGGGAGUGGCAUGAAUGUCACAUGCAUUAUCACAGUAUGGAGGUUUUUGCGCACUACGACGUAAUCGACGAGCACGGCAACAGGCUAGCGGAAGGUCAGAAGGCCAGCUUCUGCCUGGAGGACUCGGCUUGUCAGGAUGGAGUGGUGCCCAAGUUCGACUGUGUGGGCUUCCGAGACCAAGGAUUGUCCGUCAACUGCUCCGACAACUACAUGUACGACAUCGACUGUCAGUGGAUCGACAUCACCGGCAUCAAACCCGGACAGUACAGGUUCCAGAUGGAGGUGAACCCAACCCUGAUGGUGGCUGAAUCGGACUUUGACAACAACGUUGCGUCGUGCGAACUCUGGUACUCCGGCUACAACGCCAGAAUAUUCAACUGCGAGUUCCAAAGUUUACUUUCAGACUGAUUACGUCACUUCCGCUCAUGCGCACUGUGAUUCUGGAAUCUUCCGGCGACAGCGUUUGUAGACGAAUUACUUUAGGUAUAUCCGGUUCAGGUAGAUGUCGUUUAUUGAUUAAAUCCAUUGUAUUUGUUUCACGUGUAUCAUUUUGUGUCGAUGUAUACCUGCAAUUGAAAAGGAUUAGAAUGAUUUUGUUAAACUAAUCAUGGAAAAUUUAGUUACUGACGUGUACAAAGUAUGUAUGUUAAUCAUCCACUGAAUAGACUAUACCGCAGACUGGCAUUAAAUGCUGGUUUGUGUACGUAUGCAUUGUAUGAAUAUACUCAGCGAAGUAAAUAACGAAUCGCUUUCUUCUUCAUUCAAUUAUGGAAUAUACUUAACUGAACGAAACAAAUAUGCUUACAUUAUAUGAGAACAUUAACGAUAUGGCAAGGACCACGUUUGACCUAAGAGAAUUGACAUAUUAAAAUGUUACGAAGCAAAACAAAACGUGACGUGUUAAUAUUAUGGACUCUAAAUUUUCUAAAUAACAUUUUUUUGACCAGUUGCACCAACACCAGUGUACUUGUGUAAAUGUAUAAGAGAUUUAGAGAUUUUAGAAGUCAUUGAUGAAAGCAACGACAUUGCACAAGUGACAAUUUCAUUUAGGGGCAAGAGCUUGCUCGAGUCAAGUUAAAUACAUCGAUAUUUUUAAACACACUAUUAUACAUUCAUACUUGUUUUAUAAGUCCAAAUGUUACAAGUAUUUAAAGAAAGGUAUUUUAUCAUAUAAUGGAUAGCGUUAUAACGAUCCGAUAUCUAUGCAAAUUAGUCACCUGGAAGGAACUACUUUUUUGCUUCAGACGUCGAUGUAGUAUCUGCGUCAUCAGUAUGUUAUUGACCGACGUUCCAAAUACACUUAAACCAAACCUGGCUGCAAAUCAUUUGGUACUGUACGAUAAUCGGGGCAAACAUUGUAUUCAUACGCGGUGACCAAAGUUACUUGAUUGACUGAAAAUACGUCUAAAACAUCGAUUAUUUUAAGAACGACCCUAUAUGAUUAUUUCUGACACUCAUAUGUUUAUACACGGAAACACCCGGCUAAUACUCUCUAUUCAUCACAAUGUUUUAAAGUUUUCCACAUUUGUCAAUUAAAGUGGGUAAAAAGGCUUUAUGGUUACAACCCGGGUCGUCUAGAAGAAAAAAAUGUCUUUUUGUUUCAAUUUCGUGCAUCCCUGUUCACAGUAAAAUGGGUUGAUCCACAUGCUUACUUUGUCUAACCAGCAAUGUCAUUCAUCCCUGACUAUACCUGGGUUUGUCCAAUUGCUACUGUUUACCUAUUUUUCAAAAAUUAGACGAAGCGGGUUGAUACCUUCACAAUACCAAGCCCAUUAAUAAUUUUCAGUUCAUCGUUAUGCAAUUCAUACCAAAGAUGUUGUUCUUCACAUAAGCCAUGGAUCGGUUGUAUUUUAGUCCAAAUAAAAGUGAAUGUUCAAAGUCA